ACCGUAAAAUAUAAGCAUGAUAAUGAAAAGAAAAACCACCAUCAUCCACCACCACCUCCCCGUCAAUUCCUCCUCUUCAACCACUACUUUCCAACUUGAAUCCCCACAAAUAGAGCACGAUCUAUAACAAAAACCUUUGUCUCACCUUGUGUUACGCCUUUCUCUGUCAAGACAACGCUAGAGUUUACACCAUUUCUUCUUCUUCUUCCUGUCGUCACCUCCUGAUCUCAGUGCCGUUGGUAGCAACUAUUUUCCAAGCAUUACCGAUUUCCGAAAAUUCAAGUCAAAUAUCAACGAUUAUACUUCACAGCUUCAAAUCCUAGUGAAUUAGACCAUAUUGAGUACAAAGGAAGAGAAAGAUCUUUUAUUUCGUCACUGUUUGAGGUACCAACUUAUGGCUUGAAGGCCCUGAACAAGUAAAAUAAACGUAAUAUCUUGGCGUUCGUUAAAAACACAUGUUUCGUAACUCCAGAUUUGCAGCAAUACCAAUAUACAAGCAAUUCCCUUUCAAUGAGUUAAAAGAAAGCAUAAGAGCAGCAAACUAGAGGAUAGGAUGGCAAAUUACUAUGAUAUGGAUGACAUUUUGGUGGAGGAAGAGAUUGUGUCGGUUAUAUUUCAGAAGGCAGCAUCUGGAGUGGGAAUAAUAGAUCCCAGUUCCGAGACAGACUUUAUUGAAGCGGGUUCAAAAGUUGAACUACCUUUUUGGCUUGCUCAUGAGUUACAGUUGAGACAAGCAGUAUCAGUCAAUGUUCCUCCUUGUUUCAAUCAAAAAACAAGACUAGAGAUCCAAGCUGAUUGUGCAUGUGUGGAUCUGAGGUCGAGAUGUCCAUACUUUUAUGAAUUUGGUUGCAAGAUAGCACCAAUAGUUGGCGAUAGGACCAUUGGGUUUCUGUUGUUGUCUGCAUUUAAGAAUCGGUAUAAGGAGGUCCUUACGAAGGCACACACUGCAGCAAUUGCAGCUGGUUCCAAAUUUUGGACUAUUCUAACAAACGAGGAGAUCAAUUUGUAUGAGACAGCUCAAUCCGCAAUGGCAUCCUUCAAGAAGUGGCGUAUGGGGGGCCCCAGAUUUCAGAUAGCUUCUAUUCUUGGAAGGAAGAGAAAACCAACUGAAUAGUUGGUUUCUAACCUUAUUAGAAAUCUGUUUAUGUCAAUGUUGUAUUAUUUACACCUGAAAAUUGCAUGAUGUUAAGAAUAGACAAAAAAAUAUUAAGUUGCAAUCUCAUAAUUGUUGUAAGGUUAUGAGUUCGAGGAAUUUGACCUCUGGAAAAAAUUACAAACUAACAUUGCAAGUUGCAAUGGAUUUAAAAUUUGUUUUUAUGAAUUGUGCCUUGCCAACUUGCUUA